UAAUUCACAAGUUAGCUGUCAGUAGACAAGCUACUUAACCUGAAAUAUUUCACAUGAUAACAAGUAGUACUGUAUAAAUCAAAUUUCCGUAAUAUUCACUCUGUACAGAUGAGACGUUGCACAGAGAAUGUAAUUCUACCGAUCUUGUUACCAUUGCGACGAGAGUUUAGAAGGCUUUCUAUAGCCAGAUGAUGGGAGAACCAACGGGGUUAACCAACAGCGAAGCACGAGAGCUUUGUACAAACCCAGAUGAAGCAACAAAAGAUUUCAUUCUUUCCCAGAUCAUGUACCGUAUUAAGGAUCCACGCAAAUCCUUGCCAUUUUAUACGGAAGUGUUAGGAAUGCGAUUACUUCAGAAAUUGGAUUUUCCUGAAAUGAAAUUUUCCGUCUAUUUUCUCGGAUUUGAGCGUGCUAGCGACAUACCAACCGACAGAAGGGAAUGUAUCGAAUGGACUUUUACAAGAAAAGCUGCUUUGGAGCUCACUCAUAAUUGGGGUACAGAAGUAGACCCCGACGCUAAGUAUCACAAUGGGAAUACAGACCCUAGAGGAUUUGGUCAUAUUGGACUCACGGUACCUGACGUGGAUGUAGCAUGUGAAAGAUUUGCUAGGCUUGGUGUGGAAUUUGUAAAAAAACCAAACGAGGGAAAGAUGAAAGGUCUUGCCUUCAUUAAAGAUCCCGAUGGUUAUUGGAUCGAAAUAUUAAGCGUAUCCAAUACUGUCGGUACGAUAAUGAACAACUAGUAAAUGCACAUUUAGUAAAAUCAAUGAUAAAAAUUCCUGUUAUAAUAUCUGCCAAUGCACUAGCUUAGUGUAAUGUGUAUGUAUUUAGAGAUUAACAAUCAGUAUAACAUGUCUUUAAAACAUCAAAAUAAUUCUGUCCCUUAAGCUGCAGCAGACCAAAUAUAUUUUAAUGAUGUACAAUGUGUUGAAAUGAUAAUGAAAAGAUAAUAUGUAAAAACAGAAUACUUACCUUUUAUACUAUAUACUAAUUGUUUUGUCUGUUACACUUAUAUUAUAACGAUGUACCUAAUAAUUAUCAUAGCUCAUCUGUGUAUGUAUACUAUGCUAUUGCAAAAAAUAAAAUCAAAA